AUGGCUCAAAAUGGUGGUGGUGAUGACAAUAAACCUGCUAAUGAAGGCGGCGGUGGAGGGGCUGCUGGUGGUGACAAAGGAAAAAAUGCAGGUGGAGGUUCAAAAGUAGAGGAGGUGAAACCUGCAGCACAGCCUGUGAAAGAACAAUUACCUGGAAUUCAAUAUUGCAUCAACAGUCCACCUCCAUGGCGUCAAGCGGUGGUAUUAGGAUUCCAGCAUUACAUUCUGACUCUUGGAAUUACUGUUCUUAUUCCAACUAUAAUUGUUCCUCAAAUGGGUGGAGGAGAUGCUGAGAAGACUAAAGUGAUACAGAACCUUCUGUUUGUUUCCGGACUAAGCACAUUUCUUCAAUCUUUGUUCGGAACUAGAUUGCCGAUUGUAGUUGUUGGUUCAUACAGUUACAUAAUACCUAUAAUUUCAAUAGUUCAGGCUAGAAGAUAUAAUUCAUAUAUAGAUCCUGAUGAGAGGUUUACUAUGACAAUGAGAGGGAUUCAAGGCGCGCUGAUCAUAAGUUCGAGUUUUCAAAUGGCUAUUGGAUUUUUCGGUUUUUGGAGGAAUGCCGUAAGGUUCCUUAGUCCACUUUCUGUAGUUCCAUAUGUAACAUUCACCGGACUCGGUCUGUAUCAACUUGGUUUCCCAAUGUUUGCGAAAUGUGUUGAAAUUGGGCUUCCUGCAUUAAUUAUCAUGGUUUUCAUCUCGCAGUAUCUUCAUCGGUAUAUUAAAACCGUGAAACCUAUACAUGACCGAUUCGCAGUGCUAUUUACUGUUACAAUUGCAUGGUUAUUUGCACAGCUUCUAACUUCUUCCACUGCAUAUAACAACAAAUCAGAAAGUACACAGAGAAGUUGUCGCACCGAUCGUGCAGGACUCAUUAGUUCCGCUCCUUGGUUGUAUUUUCCUUAUCCUUUCCAAUGGGGGAGUCCUACAUUCAAUGUUGCAGAAGCUUUUGCUAUGAUGGCUGCUUCUUUAGUUUCUCUUUUUGAGUUUACCGGUACAUCCUAUGCUGCUGCAAGAUACGGAAGUGCCACGCCGGUGCCACCUUCUAUUAUCAGCCGCGGAGCUGGUUGGGCGGGGGUAGGUGCUUUACUUAGUGGCAUGUUUGGUUGUGUAACUGGAACUACGGCAUCGGUAGAAAAUGCUGGUUUACUAGCAUUAACAAAAGUAGGAAGCAGAAGAGUAAUUCAAAUUUCAGCUGGCUUUAUGAUUUUCUUCUCUGUAUUUGGAAAAUUUGGAGCACUUUUUGCAUCCAUUCCUUUCCCGAUCAUAGCAGCAUUAUAUUGUGUAUUAUUCGGCUAUGUGUCUUCUGCUGGUCUUGGUUUUCUCCAAUUCUGUAACCUCAACAGUUUCAGAACCAAAUUCGUGUUAGGCUUCUCGUUCUUCUUAGGAAUCUCCGUACCACAAUAUUUCUCACAAUAUUUUCAUGUAAAACAUGAACAAGAAAGUCCUAGAUGGUUAUAUGAUAUUAUGAGUGUAAUCCUCAUGUCACAUAUAACGGUUGCAGCGUCGGUGGCAUUCAUUUUGGAUCUCACACUUUCUCGCGAAGAUGAAGCAACUAAAAACGACAUUGGUUUAAAAUGGUGGGAGAAGUUUAGCUUGUAUAGUUCAGAUGUUAGAAAUGAUGAAUUUUAUUCUUUACCUUGCAGACUCAAUGAGCUUUUCCCAUCUGUUUAAGAGA